CUUGGCUCAUGUUACAGAAACUUUAACUUGACAGGUCUGCUGGGAUGUAGCUUUAAAUCAAACUCAGCUGCAAAGCUCAAAUCAACAGAGAACAUUGUUCAUGUUGGAGCUUGAAAAAAGGGAAAAAAAGCUGAAACACAAAAACCCAGGACUGCUACAGUGAAUGAAACAACUCAUCUUGUUUUGGCCAAGAAAUGGAAUUAAGAUUUAGGAGCUUAUGCUUACAAAAGCCAUGCACAUUUAUGAAUUACUUGCCUUUUACUUUUUGAUCUUUUUUCUGAGUAUGUAUAGAGCUGUGUAUACAAUUGACUUUUUUUUAUAAGUGUUCUGCAAACAGGAAAGGAAUAAACUUCAAGAACUUAAACUACAGACUUGUUUUGAUAUCUUACUAGGGAGAAAAUGACUAAAUUGGUUUUUACAGCUGGUAUGGAAAAACAGUAAAAAGACAUGGAUUGAAAUGGUAGAACCAUACAUUAUUCACUUUAUUAACUCUGUAAAUGUAUUUUGUGAUUCAUUAACUGUAAAGUUUCAACUCUUUGCUGCUGAGGACCGAACAUAUUUUCUUCACUUUACAAUUUUUUAACAUUGUGCCUUUUUAGCCAAACCCUAUUGUUUAUUGUUUAAUAAAAAAGGGUGAUUCUUUGAUGUGUGGACCAGAGCACAGAGGUCAGAAGCCUUACUUCUGUUGCCCAACUGUGAAAGGUAUAAUUUAUCAGGAUUUUAACUGAAAGGAUUAACAUUCUCUUAAAUGGAUUAUGGGUAAACCAUCUAGUUUAAGAGGCUCCUGGUUGACACUAUGGAUUUAUUAAGAACUGCGUUUGGUCUUCUUCUGUUGCAACCAGUUCUUCGUGGUGAGAAUUUAAACAACCUCCCCUUGUCUGUACUUCUGAGAAAGUACUGUGAAGCUUUGUCAUCCUUAUCCAACAUAACAGGUUUAUAUUGCAAUGCUACGACCGAUCAGAUAGGAACUUGCUGGCCAAAGAGUAAUGCGGGGCAUCUUGUGGAGAGACCUUGUCCAGAGGUUUUCAAUGGAGUUAAAUAUAACACGACAAGAAAUGCAUACAGAGAAUGCAUGGAAAAUGGAACAUGGGCCUCCAGGAUAAACUACUCUCAGUGUGAACCAAUUUUGGAAGAAAAGAGGAAAUAUCCAAUGCACUACAAGAUUGCCCUGAUUAUUAACUACCUUGGCCAUUGUAUAUCAGUUGGGGCUCUCGCAGUGGCCUUUUUGCUUUUCUUAUGCUUGAGAAGUAUCAGAUGCCUUCGGAACAUUAUCCAUUGGAAUCUGAUUACCACAUUUAUCCUUCGAAAUGUAAUGUGGUUCUUACUUCAAAUGAUAGACCAUAAUAUACAUGAGAGCAAUGAGCCCUGGUGUCGCCUUAUCACAACUAUAUACAACUACUUUGUAGUGACCAAUUUCUUUUGGAUGUUUGUUGAAGGAUGCUAUCUCCACACAGCUAUAGUAAUGACGUAUUCCACGGACAAGUUGAGGAAAUGGGUUUUUCUUUUUAUUGGAUGGUGUAUCCCUUGUCCAAUUAUAGUGGCCUGGGCUGUGGGGAAGUUAUACUAUGAAAAUGAACAAUGCUGGUUUGGUAAAGAGCCUGGGAAGUACAUUGACUACAUCUAUCAAGGCCCAGUGAUUCUUGUACUAUUAAUCAAUUUUGUUUUCCUUUUCAACAUUGUAAGGAUCCUUAUGACAAAACUUAGAGCCUCAACCACUUCGGAAACAAUACAGUACAGGAAAGCUGUGAAGGCCACACUGGUCCUUUUACCUCUACUUGGUAUAACCUACAUGUUGUUCUUUGUGAAUCCAGGAGAAGAUGACAUCUCACAGAUAGUUUUCAUUUACUUUAAUUCAUUUUUGCAGUCCUUCCAGGGUUUCUUUGUUUCUGUUUUUUACUGCUUCCUAAAUGGGGAGGUGCGCUCAGCUGUAAGAAAAAGAUGGCAUCGUUGGCAAGACAAUCAUGCUCUUCGAGUACGAGUAGCAAGAGCAAUGUCAAUCCCAACAUCACCGACCCGCAUCAGCUUCCACAGCAUAAAGCAGACAACAGCUGUUUGACACUUUUAACCACCAGUGGCCUUUACAGCAAUUUUGCACUCUGAGUUUAUUUUUCUUUUUUCCCAUUAAAAAUACAAAAACAUGCAAAAAAUGUUUAAGCAGGUUGAUGCGUUGUAGAUUUUUGCAGUGAAACAAAAAAAAACAACUAUAAAUGCAGUCAACAAACACAACAUGAAGAUUAAAGACAAACAUUUGUUAAAAUCACAUCUCAAAGGAUAAAGAUUCCUCACAACCUGCUCAGUCUUAUAAGCUGUGUAGAUUUAUUUGAUUUUCAUUCUGAGAAAAGAAUCAUGGCACAAACAACUUGUACAGAAGAAUAUGAGCUAGGAAUGUGUCUUACACUUGGAAGAUGGAAGAUUGUAAAUGUAUUUAAUUGUAUUUCAAAUGCUAUAGGCAUAUAUCUAGAAUGAUUUUGGUAAGCUGUACCAUUAUGUUUUAUAUUUAUUAUUGUUGCUGUAUUUUUAACAAAUUAUUUUGUUAUGACAGUAGCUAUUGAUUGAUUCCCUUUUGAAAUCUAUGUGUAUCUGGAAUAUUUUAUACAUAUAUACUAUAUUUACCUUUGACUGUCAUGCACAAUUUCAGCCCAACUGUUUUCUAAUCAAAAAAUCAUGAAACAUUCUGUAAUCAAUUGUAUUUCAUCAAUACAAAAGAUAAGUAAUAAGCAUUUUAAAAAUCAUAUAUUUGAAAAUGAGACAAAAUUAUGGUUAUCAGUUUUGAUGUGUGAAUUUAAAAAAAUUAAAAGGUAAUAGUCAAAAUAAGGCCUUGUACUACUUGUACGGUAUUUAAAUAUUUGUGUAAAGAAACAUGACUUUUACUGUUUAUUCACAAUUUGAAUUGCAGCUAUGAUCAAAGCACCUGAAAUCAUGUAUUUUUAAAUCUUUACUAUAUUUUUCUUUAUAAAUAUAAUAAAAUCACCGAGGAUCUA